UAAGAUAAAGAAUUGACAAACACUGACAUUGUUUUUGAUACACGUCAUUUGGAGGAAAACACCAAAUUAAUUAAAUACCAGUUUUAAAAGGUCUGCAAUUAAAUUACUACCCUAAAAUGAGCAAGCCGUUGCAAGCUGAAGAAGAUACUAAUUCAACGCUAUUUUAUGCACGCAAUGAGUACUACAUCGGUAACUUUAUGGGUUCCAUUAAUUUUGUGCUACCCGAGCAAGGCACAGCUUCUACGGAGCUCCUCUCGUAUAUGUAUCUUUCAUACCUGGCUAUCGACUCUGGACGCCUUAUUGCUACAGAUAUAAAGGAAAAUAAUAACACUGCUUUAUUAGCACUACGUUACGUGCAUGAUGCUUUCGAGCAACCAUCUAAAAUUGAAAGCAUACUUGAAAAGUUGACAGAUAAAGUUGCCAGCGAGGAGGACGAUACAAAUAUUUGGCACAUUGCCACCGCCAUUGUGUAUUGUUAUGAUGGGCAAUUUGAAAAUGCAUUGAAGAUUUUACAUGGCUCCAGAAAUUUGGAGUCAAUGGCUUUAGGGGUUCAGUGUCUGUUACGGUUGAAUCGCAUUGAUUUGGCUAAACAGGUGGUAGCUAAAAUGCAAGAAAUUUCUGAUGACGCCACAUUGACACAAAUGGCUCAAGCUUGGGUUGCACUAAGCCUUGGCACCGAACAGAUGCAGGACGCAUUCCACAUCUUUCAAGAAUUUUGUGAAAAACAUAAUCCUACACCGUUGCUUUUAAACGGGCAGGCAGUAGUUCAUUUGGGAUUGGAACGAUAUGAAGAAGCCGAAGCUGUUUUACGUGAUGCUUUAACCAAAAAGCACAAUGAUUACGACACUCUCAUCAACAUGAUGGUGUUGGCUCAUUUGACCGGAAAAUCACAUGAAACCAUUGCUCGCUAUUGGGAACAAUUGAAGCAAUUUCAUCCAAAGGGUGAGCUUGUAUCCGAUUUGGAAAAAAAGUCGUCUGAAUUUGACAAGCUUUGCUUGCAGUAUUCAUUGGAAGGAAGCGAAGCUAUACAAGCAUAAUUAAUUAGAUUUGUAAAUUAUAUCUAUUUCCAUUAUAUACAUUUAUGAAUAAAAGUAUUUAGAACAAA